CCGGAGCGUGGAGGAGGCUCGGCGUUCACCAUGGUGGGGAGACGAUCCAGGUUCCUGCAGAAACUAGCCUUCCUGGGCCAGGGCCACCCGUACGAGGCCCUGGCGAAGGACGAGGUGGAAACUUUGCUUGAUGAACAGUGUGACCAGAAAGCCAUCGAGAAAGAGAAGUCGGUUGUAGCCCUGCCACCCAAGGAUGCAUGUAAAUGCAGCAAGGAGGAUUUGGCCGGAGCCUUCUACGUGGACUUGGAUAGGGGUCUGUCAGAGUUUGCAGUGGCCCAGCGCAGACUGGUCCAUGGCUGGAAUGAGUUUGUCGCCGACAACACAGAACCUGUAUGGAAGAAAUACCUGGACCAGUUUAAGAACCCUCUGAUCUUGCUGCUGCUGGGCUCGGCGUUGGUGAGCGUCCUCACCAAGGAGUACGAGGACGCCGUCAGCAUCGCCCUGGCUGUGCUCAUUGUGGUCACUGUCGCCUUCAUCCAGGAGUACAGGUCGGAGAAGUCUCUGGAAGAGCUGACCAAGCUGGUGCCUCCAGAAUGCAACUGCAUGAGGGGCGGCAAGCUCCGGCACCUGCUCGCCCGAGACCUGGUUCCCGGAGACAUCGUGUGCCUCUCCGCAGGAGACCGAAUCCCUGCAGACAUCCGACUCACGGAGGUCACCGACCUCCUGGUGGAUGAGUCCAGUUUCACCGGAGAAGCCGAGCCGUGCAGCAAGACGGACAGCCCGCUGACGGGCAGCGGGGACCUCAGCCUCAGCGCCCUGAGCAACAUUGUCUUCAUGGGGACCCUGGUGCAGUGUGGGAAGGGCCAGGGCAUCGUGAUCGGAACCGGCGAGCAGUCUCAGUUCGGAGAAGUGUUCAAGAUGAUGCAGGCAGAGGAGACACCUAAAACUCCUUUACAAAAAAGCAUGGAUAAGCUCGGAAAGCAACUGACCCUCUUCUCAUUUGGCAUCAUUGGUCUCCUCAUGCUCCUGGGCUGGAUGCAGGGCAAGCCGCUCCUCAGUAUGUUCACCAUCGGGGUCAGCUUGGCGGUGGCAGCCAUUCCAGAGGGGCUACCCAUUGUAGUCAUGGUAACACUGGUUCUGGGGGUACUGCGGAUGGCCAAGAAGCGGGUCAUUGUGAAGAAGUUGCCCAUUGUAGAGACUCUAGGUUGCUGCAACGUCAUCUGUUCUGACAAGACAGGGACUCUGACAGCCAACGAGAUGACAGUGACCCAGCUCGUCACAUCUGAUGGGAUACACGCCGAAGUCAGCGGGGUAGGGUACAAUGGCCAAGGGACUGUGUGUCUGCUCCCUUCUAAGGAAGUGAUCAAGGAGUUUGCCAAUGUCUCGGUGGGGAAGCUGGUGGAGGCAGGUUGUGUGGCUAACAACGCUGUUGUCAGGAAGAACACAAUGAUGGGACAGCCCACGGAGGGGGCACUGAUUGCCCUGGCCAUGAAGAUGGGUUUAAAGGACAUCAAAGAUUCCUACGUACGAAAAGAAGAGAUGCCCUUCAGCUCUGAGCAGAAGUGGAUGGCAGUGAGAUGUAGUCCAAAGAAUGAGGACCGGGAAGACAUUUACUUCAUGAAGGGGGCCUUUGAGUAUGUGAUUCAUUACUGUACCAUGUACAAUAAUGGGGGCAUCCCCCUGCCUCUGACGCCCCAACAGAAGUCCUACUGCCUGCACGAAGAGAAGAGGAUGGGGUCACUUGGUCUGCGGGUGCUGGCCCUGGCAUCCGGGCCUGAGCUGGGAAGGCUGACAUUCCUGGGUCUCGUGGGCAUCAUCGACCCGCCAAGAGCUGGAGUGAAGGAAGCAGUUGAGGUUCUCUCUGCGUCAGGAGUGGCUGUGAAGAUGGUAACAGGAGAUGCUCUGGAGACGGCUUUGGCCAUAGGCAGAAACGUGGGCUUGUGCAGCGGGAAGCUAAGAGCCAUGUCUGGGGAAGAGGUGGAGGGCAUGGAGCACGGAGCGCUGGCAGCGCGCAUUGGGCAGAUAUCUGUGUUCUUCAGGACCAGCCCAAAGCACAAGGUCAAAAUCAUAAAGGCACUGCAGGAGUCGGGGGCAGUCGUGGCCAUGACAGGGGAUGGCGUGAACGAUGCAGUUGCUCUCAAGUCUGCAGACAUUGGGAUCGCAAUGGGACAGACGGGGACGGAUGUCAGCAAAGAGGCUGCCAGCAUGAUUCUGGUGGACGAUGACUUCUCGACCAUCAUGAGUGCAGUGGAGGAAGGCAAGGGGAUAUUUUAUAACAUCAAGAACUUCGUCCGUUUCCAGCUCAGCACGAGCAUCUCAGCCCUGAGCCUCAUCACGCUGUCCACUGUGUGUAACCUGCCCAGCCCCCUCAACGCCAUGCAGAUCCUGUGGGUGAACAUCAUCAUGGAUGGACCACCAGCACAGAGCCUAGGGGUGGAGCCAGUGGACGGCGACACCCUGAGGCAGGCUCCGCGGAGUGUCCAGGACACCAUCCUGAGCAGAGCCCUUAUCCUGAAGAUCCUCGUGGCAGCUGCCACCAUCAUCGGUGGGACUCUCUUCAUCUUCUGGAGAGAGAUUCCUGAGGACAGAGCCAGCACUCCACGCACGACAACCAUGACCUUCACCUGCUUUGUGUUUUUCGAUCUCUUCAAUGCCCUGAGCUGUCGCUCUCAGACCAAGCUAAUAUCUGAGAUCGGCUUUCUCAGGAACCACAUGUUCCUCUACUCAGUCCUCGGGUCCAUUCUGGGGCAACUGGCUGUGAUCUAUGUCCCGCCCCUGCAGAAGGUCUUCCAGACGGAGAACCUAGGCGCCUUGGACCUGCUGCUGCUAACUGGACUGGCUUCAUCUGUCUUCAUUUUGUCAGAGCUGCUCAAGCUGUGUGAGAAAUAUUGCUCCUGCGCCCGUAACUCCCAGAAACACCAGGAGGCCGUGUAAAGGACCCCAUUACAGCCUGGAGUGCUCCCCGCCCUCAAGUGCCUGUGGCCCUUCCCUGAGCACUGCCCCCUUUGCAGAGGGGGACUGUAGAACCAUCAUCAUCACUAUCCGUCAGCACCCUGGUUCAUGCUUCCCCUUGGGCUCCUCACAGGCCACGUCUGUCCUCCUGCCAGACUCUGGGGUGCACUCUGGAGUGCAUCCCACAAAUAGUGCCCUAUUUA